GGUUUCAGCACCUCAGUGUUGGCGUCACCAUGGUAACCGUUUCAGUCCUGUUCCUCCUGCUCUCAGCUUUUUCUCCUCCAGUCCACAACCGCUUCUUUACAUUCCAUCUCAUUUCUGGGUCCAUGAAUCAGACUGAGGGUCGAGCAGCUUGUAGAGAAAAUCACACUGAUCUCGUCACUGUGCACUCUGAUGAAGACAACACUGAGCUGUGUAAUAUGAUACAGAAGAAUGGUUAUUAUUUGGGAUGGAUUGGUCUCAUUCGUGGUCAGUUCAGUGAGAAAUGGUCUAAUGGUGAUCCUGUAACAUUCAGAAGUCUGGCAGGUGUUUGUGGAACAUCGACCUGCUGUGCUGCUCUGAAGCCUGAUGGUUCAUGGGAAAGUCUUCAGUGCACAGGGACAAGAUAUUUCAUGUGUUAUAAAGAAGGCGACACUGAAACCCGUCAGAAUUAUCAUCUAAUCCUUGAGAAUAAGACCUGGUAUGAAGCUCAGCGUUACUGCAGGAGUAAAUACACCGACCUGGUCAGCAUCAGAGAUCAGCAACAGAAUGAAGAGGUGAAGAUGAAAGGGUUAAACAGUAACACACUCUUCUGGAUCGGUCUGCUGCGUGAUGACUGGCAGUGGACUGAUGGAGGAAACUCCACCUAUAGAAACUGGGCGAGUGGUUUUCCUCAAUCAUCAUCAUCAGGUGACUGUGUAUCACUGUGGCCUGGAGGACAAUGGUAUUCAGUGUUAUGCAGUAAUGAUUAUCACUUCACUCUGUGCGACACUUCCACCAUCCAUGUGAGUGAUGUGGCUAUGAGCUGGGAGAAAGCUCUGGAUUACUGUCAGCACGGGAACAGGGCUGGAAUUCUCAACAUUGAUUCUGAAGCUGAACAGAAGGAGUUGGAGUCUGAGCUCAGGAGGAGGCGUGUCCCCGCAGGGUCUCUGUGGGUGGGGCUUGGACCGAAGCGUCUCUCUGAGCUGAAGGUGUCGUCCGGUCCACUGACCUGCGAGGACGUGAAGAGACAGACAGAAUCUCCACCGUCUCGCUGUCCUGCUGACACACACACAGCAGGAGCAGAACCUGAGUAUGUGAUGGACUCGACUGAACUUCGGGUCGCGUGUAGACUGAAGUAAAAGUGCAUUAAUCCACAUUCUCUGCUCACUGACCUUCUCUACAUUCACCUGCAUUUCAUUUACAUUUUUAUCUUUAAAAAAUAUAUAAAAUAUUUCUUUAGUUAAUGAAAGUUAAAGGUGCAGAAUAUCGUAAAUUAAUACUUCCAGAUGUUUUGGGUUUCUUCCUCAGUGAGUGAUGGAACAUUACCUACAUGAUCUACUGGGUUUGUUCUCAAUAGGAUCUUCACUGAUGUUAUUAAUCAUAAAAUAAUAUUCUAUUGAUUAUAAAAUGUAAGCUGCUGUUUUACAUGAAUAAAUAUUUAG